AUGGAUACGAACAUGGAGGACGUCGGAAGGGUGCCCACCGAUGUGUCGCCAGUGCAGAACGAGCCGGCCCCGAUCCCCACCCUCGACGGCUGGAUUGAGAGCUUGAUGAACUGCAAGCAACUGCCCGAGUCAGACGUCCAGAGGCUCUGCGACAAGGCACGCGAAGUCCUCCAGGAAGAGUCCAACGUGCAGCCAGUGAAAUGCCCCGUCACCGUCUGCGGCGACAUCCACGGCCAAUUUCACGACCUCAUGGAGCUCUUCAAGAUUGGCGGGCCCAACCCCGACACCAACUACCUCUUCAUGGGCGACUACGUCGACCGAGGCUACUACUCGGUCGAAACCGUCACGCUCCUGGUCGCGCUCAAAAUUCGAUAUCCCCAACGCAUCACCAUCCUGCGGGGCAACCACGAAUCUCGGCAAAUCACGCAGGUCUACGGCUUCUACGACGAGUGCCUGCGCAAGUACGGCAACGCGAACGUGUGGAAGUACUUCACCGACCUCUUCGACUACCUUCCCCUCACCGCCCUCAUCGACAACCAGAUCUUCUGUCUGCACGGUGGCCUGUCGCCGAGCAUCGACACGCUCGAUAACAUCCGAGCCCUGGACCGGAUCCAGGAGGUGCCCCACGAGGGCCCCAUGUGCGACCUCCUCUGGUCCGACCCCGACGACCGUUGCGGCUGGGGCAUCUCGCCCCGCGGAGCAGGCUACACCUUUGGCCAGGAUAUCUCCGAGGCCUUCAACCACAACAACGGUCUGACGCUGAUCGCCAGAGCGCACCAGCUCGUCAUGGAGGGCUACAAUUGGUCUCAGGACCGGAACGUAGUGACCAUCUUCUCCGCCCCCAACUACUGUUAUCGGUGUGGCAACCAGGCGGCCAUCAUGGAGAUUGACGAGCAUCUGAAAUACACCUUCCUGCAAUUCGACCCUUGCCCGCGAGCAGGCGAGCCCAUGGUAUCUAGACGAACACCCGACUACUUCCUUUAA